CGGGACCGGCUUUCCAUCCUCCGCUUGUGAGUCGGCAUUUUAGUUGUCCAGCCUUGUCGUAAUUCCUUUUGAUGUGUCAUAAAUUCUGACAGCUUUCAUCUUGCAGAUGGGUUGGUAAAACCACACGACAUGAAUGCCUGGCUAGCCGACGCCUCGAAUCUCCCAAGCCAUGAUAAUGGUGGCUUCCACCAGGCGACUAUCGAUCCUUCCACAGCGUUCCUUCAUGCGUCUCCCACUCCCGACCCCAACCAAUUCCAGCGCAUGUUCAAUGGCGUCCCGCGAAAUGCUUCACCUGGUUUUCACAACCCAAACCAGGUGAUUCCAUCCAAGCGACCACGUCCCGAGGAUGGCAUUUCAAUGUCGCCCCGACAAGCACCAGGGGGACUAGCUGCGUCGCGAUCGCAGACGCCUCACCAAGUGCCCUUCCCAGGAUACCAAGGACCGGCAAAUGGCGCUACACAGUUCGCCCCGCAUCCGGCUCAGUAUCAGCACCUCCAACAGGGAGCCUCGCCCAAUGUUACUCAGUCACCGAUUAUCCAAGAUUUUGAUCAGCAUGGCGUACAGAGAAUGGGAACAGCCUCCCCUAGUCCGUUUUCUCCUGCUGGCCCUCAUGUUGGACCCCACGUAUCACCGUCGCAGUCAGACCAUCCAAGUAGAGUCAACACUCCGCAGAAUAACUCCUUCAUUCCCGGCCAACCAUUCCACCAGGGUAUGGCAGCGCAAUUCUCUCCUGCAACCACGAUGACUUCCGCCGCUGUGCAAGCUCCCAUGCAGGCGCAUUUUAGCGGCGUCCCUCAGGGAUACCAGGCAAUGGCUGCCCAGCAGCAACAGCAGCAGCAGCAGCAACAACAACAACAACAGCAGCAGCAGCAGCAGCGAAUACACGCUAUGCAGAUGCAAAACCAAGGCCGUCCGAUAAGUAUGAAUCCGGCUCUGGCAGGACGCCCCGUAGCAGCUGGUAUGAACGCCAUGGCCAACCCUCAACAAAUGGCGGCCAUUAGGCAGAUGCAACAAACGAUGGCGAAACCUCCCAACCCGGAAGGCUUCAUGAGGUCGUUGCAUAAAUUCAUGAUGUCACGAAAUCUGCCUCUGGACCCAAAUCCCAUUGUCUGCGGGCGCCCAAUUAAUUUGGUCCAGCUUUAUGCUACCGUUAUGAAACUAGGCGGAUCAAAAAAGAUCAACGCUACAAAUAUGUGGCCGGUAAUAUCUCAACAGCUUCAGUAUCCUCCGAUGCAGUUUCCAAUGGCUGCUCAAGAGAUUCGGGAUCAUUACCAGCGGAAUCUGGCUGCUUAUGAACAGGCUUUCCUUAGCACGCAACAGAAGCAGUUUGCAGACCAGAUGCAGCAGAAUUCGCUGCCACGACAACCUAGUGACCCCUCAGGCAUGCAGUUCCAGUCACCCAAUAUAAAACAGAACCAAAGUUUCGAGGCCUCACAGCAACUUGGACACACAUCUCCUAGUAAUGCGUCAGUGUCAAGCAAUAUUCCAAAUAAUGUGCCAAAUGGGUUCGCCACCCCAACGCCGGUGAAGGUGCCGAAUAAGCAACAACAGCAUCAGCAUAGACUCAGCGUUUCCCGCCAAUCUCAACCGCCUACAACCCCCCACGACCCUACUGGGCAACUAUCGGGUCAGUCACCUGCGCCAUCUGCCAAAGGCCCAGGGUCAGUGUCUGGAAAGGUUUCUGAUCAGAUUGACCAGAACCCUGACCAGCCUCUAAAACAUCCCAUCGAGGACCCCUUCAAACCUCUGGUCUUGCCCGAGAGUAGUCUUCAUGGUCCAGUCGCGGUGGAUGAAAUUUAUCAACUGAGUGAAGAGAUCUCGAGAUUCAAGCCAAAUGUUCCUGCCUUUUCUGAACUUGGUGUAAUUGAUAUACACGCACUCACGAUGAGCAUUAAGUCAGGGAUUCAUGCGGAGAUGCGCCUGGCACUAGAUACCCUUGCGACUAUCUCGUGUGAACCUGCAAUCCAAAUCUCACUGGAUAACUGUGAGGAUUUGGUCGACAGCUUGGUCGAAUGUGCAGAGGAGCAAGCUGAGUUUCUCGCUGAACAUGCUGCUGAGGUGUCGGAUGUUAUGCUUCUCCCCUCGUAUGAGGAGAUCACUCGUGGUUGUCAGUCCGAGUGGACGUCACUGGCCGAUGUCCCCGAAUUUGGGAGUCUGGACUAUGAUCUAGACCGAGCUGUUGAUAGACUCAUCUGCAUCACAACAAUACUGCGCAACUUUUCAUUUACUGAGUCGAAUUUCGGGGUACUUUCAACGUCACCCGUAGUUCAGUUUAUCUCCACCAUCAUCCGCUAUUUGGGAACUCGGAACAUGCUCUUACGAAAUAAUCAAAAUACCUUGGAUUUCAUGAAGGAUACAGUCAUAUAUCUGAGUAACCUGGCUCACACCAUCCAAUUGCCAAGCAAAGAAGAAGCUCUCUCCCUCCUACAUUUCCUCCUGUCAUUUGCACCAUUUCCCGGUCCGAACCAAGGACCGGAUGGCGUUAUGUUCACUGCAUACAGUGCCACUGUUCAUAAGUAUACACCGGCAGCGGUGGACAGCUUAGCCAAGCUUUUGGCGCGCGACGAACCUAACCGGACGUUUUUCAAGGCAAUCUUCUCUGGGGACGGAAGUGGUGUCCCUCAGCAAGAGCUGCUUACUCGUUCCUUUGGCCUUGCUAUAUGCCCGGUUCCUGAUCAGCCUCGGAAGCCCUUGGCUAUAGCUGAUGCCCGCAAAGUUUUCCUUAUGCAAGGAUUGUUAGCUGCCGAUAUUCUUUCGGGGUUUGCAGAUGGUAACCUGGCAAAAUCAUGGCUUGAAUCAGUUGACGGAUUCGCCAUCCAUCUUCUCCGACUUUCCUGCCUCUUGAGCACAGAGCGUGUUCCUCCUACCAACACCAACCCCCGUCAGUCACAUGCUGCUAGAGGGCAGGCUGAGGCAGAAGCAGCUGCUUAUAGUUCCAUCAUUAACCGAGGAUUGGCCAUUCUCAGGCGACUAGCCGAGAAGUCUAAACACGCCGACUCGGACUCGGCGCUGCGAUUUCCGUCUGGAAUAAUCCCGAAGAAAGAGAGCCUACUCGGGGCAUUACUCAUGCACAAUGUGGAUCCUGGAGUCGUGCGGCAACUGAUAACGUAUGCGCGACUUGCGGAAUGAUCUGGGCUCGGGAUAUGUGGUGUGCGGUUGGUUUUCCUUUUGGUUAUUUAUAGCGUGGGUGAAUAUCUAGCAUCACUUUCAAAUAUGUCACCUUGAUGUU